AUUGAAAACAUAGAUGCAUGCCUGAGUUUCUUGGCUGCUAAGGGAAUUAACAUACAGGGGCUGUCAGCAGAAGAAAUCAGGAAUGGGAAUCUAAAGGCCAUCUUGGGCCUUUUCUUCAGUUUAUCUCGAUACAAGCAACAGCAACAGCAGCCACAGAAACAGCAACCACACCACCAUCCGUCCCAGCAGCCUCCCCCAGCAUCCCAGCAAGCAGGGCCUCCAUCCCAGUGCCAGGUCGGGGUUCCGCAGCAGCAGGUGCCGGCUUCGCUUCAGACUCCGUGCCAACAGCCCCCGCAAGCUGCGCAGCACCAGCUCAAAGCACAACCAGAAAUGCAGUCAAGACUUCCAGGCCCCACCACGAGGGUGUCCACUGCAGGCAGUGAGGCCAAAGCUCGUGGUUCUAUUAGUGCCAACAAUCGACGCAGCCAGAGCUUUAACAAUUACGACAAAUCUAAGCCUGGGAUUCCCCCUCCAACGCCAACAGGCAGCAAUGACAAAG